AUGCCGCUGGACGUGGAAAAGCCGUCCGACGCACCCGGCCUGAUCCUCGAGGCGUGGGCGCAGGGAUACAUGGUGGGCAGCCUGAUCGUCAUGGCGGGCGUGGCGGUGGCGAACAUGCGACAGGGGGUGUUAUUGCACAAGUUGAUCGUGUUGGAGCUGCUUCUGGGCACGUUCCACGGGACUUUUAUCUUUACUUCGCCGCCAGCUUACAGCUGGUACCUGAGUACUACCGCCAUCUUGCUCAAUAUUUCAUGGACGCUGCACAACGUGGUGGCCUGGCUGAAGAACAAGCCGUUUCUCGGGAAAAAGGCCAGCAUGUUCUACAUCGGCACAGUGAUCCUCGUGCAGCCAUAUUGGAUCCUUGAGAUCGCGGCGAAUUUCUUGUAUUUUGGCGAUCGAUCCAAGAUUUUCGUCUAUACUCGACCGUGGGAGGCCCUCUUCCGUGAUCCCUGGUGGAUCUUCACCGUGACCAACUUGUUCUGGGUCAUCAAGACGCAGUAUGAUUUCACCUUCGUGGAACUCGUGCGGGUGUCGCCGCGGUUCGGCGUUCUCCUCGCAGUGAUGCUUCUCAGUAUUGCGUUUUUGUUGGUCGAUGUCCUGGCAGUCACGCAUGUCUUCGAUGAUGACAGCUUGCCGGAUGGGAUCAAUCCGUUCUGGAAGUUGGCUUUUGUGUUUCGUUGCCUCACAGACACGAUCAUCCUAGACGAUUUCAAAACGGCACUCGACCGGCUCAAGGCGCAUAAACUUCGUUGUGCGAAUAACCCGUUCAGCAGCGGC